AAGAGAAGAAAUAGAGGACAAAUUCACGGUUGCUAGGGGUUAGAGAUGGGGGUGGCUGUCAGGAGGGAAGUAGGUGUGGCUACAAAAGAGCAGCAUGAAAGGUCCUGUGUUGGUGGAUACACGAACCUACACAGGUCUCUCCCCCCCUCACAUGGAUAAAAGUAAUACUGAGGGAAUCUGAAACAGAUUUGUAAAUCAUAUCAAAGUCAAGAUCAUGAUUGCUAUGUCAUUCUUUAGUUUUAUAAAAUGUUACCAUUGGCAGAAACUGGGCAAGGUGUUCAAGGGAACUCUUUGUAUUUUUUCUUACAGUGGCAUGUGAUUCACCAAUUAUCUUAAUAAAAAUUUUGGUUAAGAAAUAAACUCCCAGUCUUCUAAUAGCAUUACCAGAGUGAACACAAAUUUUGUUUUUUUUUCUUGUUUUUAAAUAUUAUCAAGUUUCCACAUUAUGGAGAUUAAUGAAACAAUGUCUUAAGAGAAGUGUCAAGAGAAGAUAAAUAUUUAAGCAAAUGGCAUUAUGAUAUGCUAAGCAUAGCUAUAGAUCUACAUAUACGGUAGAUGUGGCACAGAAAAAGGAAUGGUUAACUUUACAGAAGUCAGGGAAGGCUUCCCAGAGGUGAUACUUGAGGUGAGUAUUCAAGGAUGAGUUUCAGGUUAUUCAAGAAAAAACAAUCCAGGUAGAGGAAGCAACAAUGCAAAUGCAUUGUAGGAACAAACUAGAAAUAGUUUGUUAUUACUAGAGUGAAAUAUGAUUUGGGGAAAAAGGAGGAAGAUCCCUUUGCAAAGGUAGACAGGAGCCAGAACAGGAAGAAGGUUCUUUCUGGUCCUGUGGGAACAGAGGUAUAGAAAAAACACAGCUGCAAAAACACUUAUUUUCUUUUUUGCAGUAGUCUGUGCUUUUCCUUAAUGUUCCCAGCAUCCUCAGUUGUUUUCUUCCCCUCCUAAUCAUCUCUUAUUUUCCUUGCUAUGCUAUAUUUAAGAUUAAACAGCUUCUAGGGUUAAGGCACUAUAAUAGAUAGUAUGACUUUUAAAAUAUGUGUGUGUGGGCUUUUAAAUGCAUAGGCCAAAUUUCUCACAUUGCACCUCAUGAAUAUUUAAAAUGUUAAAUCUUCCAUUAGGACACAAGGUGAAAUCCUUAAAUGUAUUUUCCCGGACGUUUUUGGUAAACUUUACAGAUUAAAGUUGACUAUGCAAUACUACAGAAUCGCCACAAGAUGGUGCCAUGAGUAUAGUGAAAGUAUGAUGUUUCCUCCUUCCCAUUCCUACGACUGCGUUUCAGUGGAAUUGAUUAAUGAGAAUGGAAAGAAAAGAAAUACCACACAAAGGGGUGAGAGUCUGUAGACAUGCACGUGUGGGUAGGAGCAUGGUCAUUCGAUAGACUUUUUGAGCAUCUUUUAUGCAUCAGGUAGAAUAUCUAGGGGAGAUAUAGUGGUGGGAAAAGGAGAAUAGGAGAAAUUAUUCUCCAGUUUACAGGGAAAAAAAUUACUAACUAAAUAUGUUAAUACUUUUCCAUAUCUGGAAAAAAUUGUAGUUCAUUUAAAGAUAUAUCAAGUAUAAACAUAAAUAUUAAAUUAUGUAAACUUAGGUUUAUGUGAUAGAGCUAGAAUCUAUCAAUAUGAUAAUAUCUUUUACUUUUCCAGUAGAAACGCAUAGUUUUAUUUAUUAGUUUUUGAUAAAUAAAUUUUCCAUUUGUCAUUCAACCAAGAAAUCUAACUUUUGCAAAAUAUAAGUACCAUGGUAAAAGUAUAACAAAUCAUUGAUGAAGUAUCAUUGAGUUUAUACCAGUAAGUACAUUUAGGUAAGUCAGUCAUCUCAGUGAGAGCAGGUGGGUUAAAUUGUUUACAAUGUACUUAUUUCCUUAAACCUCUUAAUUAUAAGUACAGAAAACUCCUUUGAUAGAAUAAUUACUAUAUGGCCCAUUUAUUAGAGAGCUCUCUUAUGAUUUCUUACAGUUUUUCAUGAAGGGACAUACUUAGAAGGGGAAAAGGCCUUCAUCAAAAGAUACCAAAUUGGACCCAUGAGAAGAGGAAAUCUGCUUUUCUUAGCAUAAAUCCCAGAUCCUUAUAAGAGAGCCCAGGAAUUGUCUCUUACUUGGAAUAAUUCAGACCCAGUGAUGAUAUCAACAAUAGAAGGACUAUUGACAUACUUUUCUGAUUCUUUGCAUUACCCAGAGUUAAUUGCUGUUUAGUUUCCAAGUAUUUUACAAAAUCCUGACUCUAUUCUUCCCAGCAAGGAUAGCUGUUGGUGCCCCACAUCUGUUCUCCCAGAUCAAUUUAAUUGAGAUUUGUAUUGUAGGGCUUAUUAAGAUUGAGCUUCCUUAGUAAUAAAAGUAGAGCAAUUUGGAAAUAGGAUGAAAUCUCAGUUAUAACUCCAACACCCCCAAAAUGCUUUGACUUUCAGACAGAGCCUCAGCCAUUUUUGAUGGCAUCAGAAAUCUAAAACUUUGCCUAAAACAGACCUGAAAAAGUCAUCAUAGAACAGCUCCAUAGUUUGUACAGGAGGUUAAAAACUGUUAAACAAGUGUGUUGAUUAUGUAGUACAGAACUCUAAGGAGUUUGAAUGGAACUUUUUUACUAAAAGAAUUAAAAGUAGUGGUUGGCCCUUUUUUGGUGAAGAUCAAAUAGAAUUGUGCUGUAAGAAUGCUUUGGACUAUGAACUUUUACAUAUAUCAUCAUAUUUAUUAAAAGAUAAAAGUUGUUUAACAACAUCAAGUCUUGGGUUUUAGAUUUUGAAAACCAAACGCAGACAUUUUUCAAUGUGGAAACUGAGUCUUAUACAAUCAUGGCAAGUAUCUGGGUAGCUGAGUGAUUUAAAUCAUCGAAGGCACACUUAAAAUCUUGGUGUCUUCGUGAGAUAGAAGUGUUACCCAUUUUAAACUAAUCUAGGGAGAAAGAUUUUCAGUAGCCGGCUCAAUGGCAAUAUAAAUUAGUGAGGUCAGUUUCUGCUGGGGGAUGAAUGUGUUGUCGCCAUGACUGACCGACUUUCUUCACAUAGACAUUCCACUUUUAUAUUUUAACAGCAUCACAGCCAAGGAGGCUGUUGGACAUUGUCCCUGGUUAGGCAUCCCUGUGGAAUAUUACACCUGAUCAUGAGGUUGGCAUUCAUCCUUAGCACUUACACGUUUUCUGGAGCUGGUUGUUGGGCCAGCUGUGAAACAUGUCUGCUCUUCUUCUGGUUAGUGGAGAGUUUGGAGGAGGUGAGAGCGCUGGAUAUUGUAUUUUUUAUGAAUGUGAUGGCAUUCACAUCAUGUUGUGCCACUUCAUUUUAAGAGCUUGCCCUCUGGUGAGCCUACAUUGCAAUCCAGAGACUCUUGCCCUAUAGACACUGGAUGUUUAUCUAUUAUUAUAUGGACAUGAUGUAAAAGUUAUAGUGAGAUUUUUAUUUAUUUUAACCCUGAAGUGGUACCCAUCUUAUGGUACAGUCAGUUACUUUUAGAAGCUGCCAUAGCUCCAUCAAACCAUCAGGGCACCAUUUUGGUUGCUAAAGAAAGAAUUCACCAAAUGAUGUUGUAUUGUCAAAAGAAUAAAUUCAGUUUCCUUCUUCACAUGAAAAAUGACUUUGUGAUCGUCUCCUAGAUGUUAAAAUUAGAGCCACACGUUCCACUCUGCUUUGUCCAGUGAGUAGGAAGCCUACCGUUCACAUAAACGCCUCUAGGAUUCCUCCCCAGUGCGGGUCUGGGCCUCACAGAGCACCCAGGAAAUGCUCUUGAAGAUGGUGAAUGUUCUGGAGGCCCACAGUCUUAAGUCCAGUGUCAAUGCCUUGCGAUGUUACAGUUCUUUAACAUACUUGCUUAAAAGAGUAUUUCUUUGGGAAAUACUCUAAGAAAAACUCCAAGCAAAUGCAACACAUUAUUCAUGUUUUUUGCAAUAUCCUUUUAAAAAUGAAUUUUAAAAUUAAACAGUUGGAAUAGUGAUGGUAGAGAAUAUUGCUAUUCUUUCUAUGAGUGAUUUUCAAGAACCCCUAUACCAAGCAGGAUAUAGCACAUGCAAAUAAAACAGGCGUGUUUACUCUGUAAAGCAUAUUUUUUGUUGCUGUUUCUUCUGACUGUGUCUCGUGUGAUACUUAACAUUAUGGAUAUUUGCUUUUGGGUACAGUGAGAAGAGGGUAACCCUAUGUUUUAUGCCUAACUCUGAAAAUACAUUCUUCCUUUUAAAAUUUCCCCUUGAAAAUUAAGGUAAAUUGCUAAGAAAAUAUUUAUGUCAAGUGCCUUUCGCACUAGUGAGCCUAAAGUUUAGAUAAUCAAUGAAUGGUUGAUACUGUUGUUAUGUUUUGCUUAUUUUUUUUUUUUUGAUUCAGUAAUUCUGAAUGGCUUCUUCUUGCCUUCCGCUUCCAUGCCCUAGUUUUGUCAUUUUGCAUUAUUGCCACAUUUCUGCUUGGCUUUAUGUCUCACUGUUAAUAGCACCUUCUCUCAUAUUUUUUGCCCAUCUUGUUAAAGCAAUGCUACCCUCCAAAUCUCUUGCCCAAGCAAGAGAACACCUGCUUAGAUACCAUUUCCUAAUCUAUAACUUUGUAACAGUUUAGAUGAACAUUCCUACACGUCCACAGUUUCUUACCUGCAGUUCCUGAAAUCCAAGACCUGAAAACCAGAAGGUUUUUAAUUCAUAUUAAUGGAAAAACUUGACCUGAACUGAUAUGAGGUUAAUUACAGUCUUUAUUUAUCCCAUCUAAUAUGAAUAUACUCAUGUUUUGCUACGGAAAUGUUAAUGUGUCUGAUUAUAGACUUGUGCCCCAGACCCCACUGGGCACUAUAUAACGCCUACCACUGGAGACGUCAUAUAAUGUAUGGCAUAUGCAGAGUAUUACCUUUCCGAAAUCUGAAAAGGCUUGAAUUCUGAAAUACAUCAGGCAUUAAGGGUUUUAGAUAAGAGAUUGAGGAUCUAUUAAUAUAAUCAAAUAUCAUGGUUUCAUUUAAAACUUUUAUUACUGGGGAGUUCCAUGUGUGGUAAUAAUAAGAUUUUUAGGUACACAAUCUCUCAUGAACUAUUUUCUAAGAUGAGAAAAGUUGUGAAUGUGUGUGAGAGAGAGAGGGAGAUAAAAAAAGAGAGAGAGGAGAAAGAGAGGACACUGAACAAUUGCUGAAUCAGUGAUGCCCAAAGCUAUUUCUCAUAAUGCAUUCAAAUGCUGCCCUUGGGCUUCAUGAGACACAAAACCAAUGGAAUUUGGGUGGCAAAAGUGACUGCAUGUUCUAUGACAUAAGUGUACGUGUGCGCACACAUGCUUGUGUGCGUAUCCACUCAUGUAUAUCUAUGUCUGUCUCCAAGGAAGGGCAUCUAACCAGCAGCCUAUAGGGAGUCAACAUUACAUAUAGGGACAUAAAGAGGAUACCCAUGGGAGUGCCGUGCUUAACGUUGCUCCAUAAUGCUGUUACUUAAAUGCAUGUUGUGGCGUAUUGUUUAUUUUUACAUGGAUGUUUUACAUUGUAGACACUGCUAAAUGUGUCACCUAAGACCCAGUAGUAUUACUAGAACUGAACCCCAUCGUUUAUAGAAGAUCUAUGAAUUAGGAAUAGCCUUUAGUGGAAUUAUUGGAUUUGCUCUGCCUUUUCGCUUCUCAAUGAGAACUUAAAACCCUUAAAAUUUUUUUUGAAUAGAAUAUUAAAUGUGUUCUUGUCAAUGCUGCCUACUGGGAAUUUCUUCCAGUUAUUUUUGUGACUUGUGAUAAAUGUUUCAUGGCCUCUUUGCUUUGUGCUUUGCAUGGACACGUCAGAGCUCUGUAUUUUGUGAUCUCAAAUCAUUGCUCCUACUUUCUGGGGUGUACCUACCUUGUGCUUUUUUAAGACUGUGUCAAUUGGCUCUUGUAUCUUAUAUUUUAGUAACAAAAGAGGAAGGAUGGUAAAAAAGCAAAGGUAUAAAUUUGGAGGUGGCUGGGAUAGGGAUAUAUUGGUUUAAUAAGCUAUAGAUUUUUUUAAUAAUGAGCAAAUAUGGUAUUAAAAUAUUUUCUAUUUUGCAUGUUUAUUUUCUUGUUACACAAUACAUUUAAACCUUUAUUGUUUAAGAAAUUGUCUUAGACAAAAAUUGAUAGUACUUUCCCCUUGCGUUAGCAUAGCCCUGCACAUUUUUACUAUCAUCAUUAUUUUAAUUUAGAGACAGACACUUAGGAGUUAAAGGGCAUUUAACUUGCUCUUUAGUGGAUAUAUGUGUCCAAUAUAUGAAAUUAUUUUUGUUAUAACUGUAAUAGCCUCUAGUGAUUUCAUUUGUCUAUAGAGAAGUCCCAGGAAUCUACAGCUAUUUUGGGCUUUGCAGCCUUUAUAAGUCCUUAUAAUAUAGACUACUGAUUUCUUCUCUGUAUCCUGCUCAUUGUUGAAAAAGCCAGAGCUAUUUUUAACAUUUACACAAUUUCGAUAGAUGAUUCUUCAUUCCACAAGGUUUGGUGCUAAAUCUGUGGAGCCUUUCAUAAUCAUAUCCUUUUUGUGGUUUGCUUGAAUUUGAUCACAGUGGCUGAUUUCAUGCAUUGAUAAUGAAGGCUUAGGUUGCCUGUUCCUCGGCAUAAAUCCACCUCAGACUUGUGCGUUGACAGUGCUUCUGGUUUCAGCACGCGUGGAGAUAUAGAAUUGAAAUUGCUCUGCUUUCUUUACAAAUGACUCAGAGUGUGCUUGUCCUUCCCUAAAAUGUUGCCAGCGUGUAGAGGAUUUUCAAUGAGCAGUGCAAUAAGCCAGCUACCGGGAAGGUUUGGAGCGGCUCUGAUAUAACGUGGUGCUGUCACGCAGAUGAUCAGGGCUGGAGCCAAGUCUCGGUAGCACUGUGCAUUACCCUGGUCACAUACUGGAAGUUUUGUUUAUCCAACUUGAUUGCUCUCGGAGCUGCUGCAAGCCCUGCCAGGAUGUGGAGUGGACUUCCUAGCAGAGGCAGUACAUGCCACACUACUACCCUUCCUGCUCUUGUGCGCACACCUACCCUGAUGAUGCAGCCUUCACUGGAUAUCAAACCAUUUAUGUCUUUUCCAGUGGACAAUAGUUCUGCUGUUGGGCUCUUUCCAAAUUUUAACACAAAAAGAAGAGGCAUAUUUGGGACCAAUAAAUUCAGCCAGAUGGAUCCUGUGCAAAAAGCAGUCAUUAACCACACAUUUGGAGUGUCCAUUCCCCCAAAGAAGAAACAAGUUAUUUCUUGUAAUGUCUGUCAGCUUCGCUUUAACUCAGAUAGCCAGGCCGAGGCCCACUACAAAGGAAGUAAACAUGCCAAGAAGGUCAAAGCACUAGAGGCAACGAAAAAUAAACCCAAAAUGGUUUCUUCCAAGGACAGCGCAAAGGCUAAUCCCAGCUGCUCCGCCACUCCAAUCACAGGCAACAACUCUGACAAAUCAGAAGAUAAAGGGAAGUUAAAAGCCAACAGUUCCAGUCAGCCAUCAAGCUCUGAAGGUGGCUCGUUUCUCCUCAAAUCUGGCACAACACCCCUGCCACCUGGAGCAGCCACUUCUCCCUCCAAGAGCACAAAUGGAGCUCCCAGUACUGCUGCUGAAUCAGAAGAAGAAAAAGCCAAAAAAUUACUUUACUGUUCACUAUGCAAAGUGGCUGUGAACUCCCUGUCACAGCUAGAGGCACACAACACAGGAUCUAAACACAAGACCAUGGUUGAGGCUCGUAAUGGGGCUGGUCCAAUUAAAUCCUACCCUAGACCUGGAUCAAGAUUAAAGAUGCAGAACGGCAGUAAGGGAUCAGGAUUACAGAACAAGACAUUUCAUUGUGAAAUUUGUGAUGUUCAUGUUAAUUCAGAAAUUCAACUCAAGCAGCACAUUUCUAGCCGAAGGCAUAAAGAUCGAGUUGCUGGGAAACCACUGAAGCCGAAAUACAGCCCUUACAACAAACUCCAGCGGAGCCCGAGUAUUUUAGCAGCAAAACUUGCAUUCCAGAAAGACAUGAUGAAGCCUUUGGCCCCGGCCUUCCUGUCCUCGCCCCUGGCGGCGGCGGCGGCCGUGUCCUCCGCGCUGUCCCUGCCGCCGCGGCCGUCGGCCUCGCUGUUCCAGGCCCCAGCCAUUCCGCCCGCCCUGCUGAGGCCGGGCCACGGGCCCAUCCGCGCCACGCCCGCCUCCAUCCUCUUCGCUCCGUACUGACGGCCGAGCGCCCCCGACGGCUGAGGCCGGUAGGAAAGUGGAGAAGGAACGCCAACAGGAUUCGGCAGUUGAAGCAUUGUGUGUCGCAGCGCCCCACCCAAAACGCAGCCUACCCCGCCGCCAAGCCCCAAUUCCAAAGAAAAAUCACUAGAUUCGAGAGUGCUUUUAUGGACCGCUCCUAGAGUUUAGGAAUCUGAGCAGCAUAGGCUUUCUCUCCUAUUCCCUCCCCUCCCCCGCCCCAUCCAAUCUGCGUAUCUGAGAUAUUGGGUUUCUUGAAAAUGUAUUGGUCGUGAAAGCAAAAGAAAGGAAAUUAUUCUCUAUUUUUCCAUGUGUGUGAUCUGGCUUAGCAACAAUACGGAAUAUUUUCCUGACAGACUUGAAAACUAGGAUCUUCCUCAGAUGUCUGUAAAUAACUCUGGAGUCCAGCUGGGCAUAUUCUAGUGUGGGACAAAAAUGGAUGAACACAAGUGCUUGCUUGUGGAUACCAUCUUACCAACGGAUCACAGCGUUUUCUUUUUGAUGUACUAUUGUUGACAGGGAUUGUGUACUGUUUUAGACCCAGUACUGUUGUAUCCUGUGUAGUACUAGAUCUGUAUCUCUUGUCUGAAUUAGACAUUUUUAGUUGCUGUGUAAAUGUUAGGAAGCAAAUUAGCUUUGAAUUUUCUCUUUAAGAGAAUAAAAGAUAAAGUAAUGUAUUUUCUUUAUUUCACAUUUUAUUUGGAGAUAUUUAAAAGAAAUAGAAAGCCAUAUAACAUAGCUAUAAUUACUACCUGUUUGCUAUUUUUGUUUAACUUAUUUUGUAGCUUCCUCACCGGUUUGAGUUGCUAAGCAAACGUAUACAAACAGAAAAAGAGCUUCCUAAAUUGCACAUUUUUGCACCUCUUGUGCAUUCUGCAAGAAGACAAUGAAUCCAUGUAUUUCUACAUAAUUAUCUUCUUCAUUUUUAACCUGUUUUCAUUUGUAAUGAUGCUACAUAAUUUUGUGGCUCCCUAAUGCAAUAAUGUACAGAAGAUAAAACAUUUGUAAUUGAACAAUUUGUCUUUCUGUUCACUGAAUAUGUUGCAGGUCAUGCUCCCGUGCCCCCCUUUCUAAGCUGAUAUCAACAAGACUGGAAUGUUUGUGAUAUCAGGGGCAAGAGUUAGCAUAAAACAACAACAUAGAACUCUUUUAGAGCAUCUAUAUCUGCAAUCUGUAAAUGGUAAAAUGUCUGUGUAUUUUUUUAAAUGUACCUUUUCAAUAAAAGUACAAAAAAUAAAAA